UGCUGGGGUCCUUCUUUUCUUCCUAGGUCCAUUCUAGGUGGCAAGGAGCCAUGCAAUUCUCCAGCUCAUCCAGGGCAGCAGACGAGAAUUUUGACUAUUUGUUCAAGAUUAUCCUCAUUGGGGAUUCCAAUGUGGGGAAGACGUGUGUGGUACAGCAUUUCAAAUCUGGGGUCUACACAGAGACACAGCAGAACACGAUUGGGGUGGACUUCACUGUGCGCUCCCUUGAGAUCGAUGGCAAGAAAGUGAAGAUGCAAGUGUGGGACACGGCGGGCCAGGAGCGGUUCCGGACCAUCACUCAGAGCUACUACCGCAGUGCCCACGCCGCCAUCAUUGCCUACGACCUCACCCGACGGUCCACCUUCGAGUCUGUUCCUCACUGGAUCCACGAGAUAGAAAAAUACGGAGCGGCGAACUUGGUCAUUAUGCUGAUUGGGAACAAAUGUGACCUGUGGGAAAAACGGAAUGUCCUGUUUGAGGAUGCCUGCACACUGGCUGAGAAGUACGGCCUCCUUGCUGUUUUAGAAACGUCUGCCAAGGAGUCUAAGAACAUAGACGAGGUCUUCAUGCUGAUGGCCAGGGAGCUGAUCACCCGCAACAGCCUGCACUUAUUUGGGGAGAGCACCCUGAACAGCCUGGCCCCGGAUUCUAGGCCAGUCCUUGUGGCCCAGGGUCCGAAGGAGAAGACCCACUGCAUGUGCUGAAGACGUUCACGAGGCCAGUUGCAGCCACCGGAUGCUGCGUCUGAUGCUGAAGGUAGCGGGAUAC